GGUCGCGCAAGCCGUUGUUUUGACGUCGCCGGCUGUCGACUGCCGGCGCGGCGCCCACGUGGGGCCGCGGCGCUCUGUCUCCGCUCCGGCGCCGGCCUCGCCGCACGUGUCCGCGAACUCGCGAUAACAUUUAACCUGCAUCUAACCGAUCCGUCUAUCGAACAUAAACAGUCAGUGGACAUGAAGAAACAAGACUCCCAGUGUAGUUUGCCUAGAGGUAGAGUGAGGAAUGCGCGAAUGCUGACAGACAGCAUAUCGUCCGAUGAGGGCCCGGAGACGGAGCGCCUGCUGGCGUCCCAGCUUCCACGGGCCGUGAUCGCCGCGGCCAGCGGGCGUCGGCAGUCCCUCACGGCUCCACCGUCUCCGACCGACUCCCGCAAGAAAGUGGUCGCGCGCCACCACAACUAUAUGAACCACUUGCACCAGCUCAUCCACUGGAAAGACAUUUGGAGUGGAGAGCAUCAUAGAGGUCAAGAGAGCCUCCACCGCAGCGAGUCGAUGUUGUCUGUGGCGUGCUUCAAGACUCUGCAGCAGCUGGUCAACAGUGAAUCCCCCGGCGAGCUUCAGCAGUACCUCGCCAACAACACCAAUGUCAACGUCGACGAUAAAGAUGAGAAUGGCACGACGGUUCUCAUGUGCGCGUCCGAGCAUGGUCGCGCGGCCGCGGUGCGACUGCUGCUCGACUGCGGUGCGGACGCGUGCGCGGCAGACGCGGACGGCUGGACGCCGCUCGCGUUUGCGGCUCGCGGCGGACACGUCAUAGUGGUCCGGGAGCUGCUAGACGCUGGUGCUAAAGUUGACUCGAGGGACUGUGGUGGAUGGACGCCUUUAAUGUGGGCCUCUUACAAGGGGUACGAAGAAAUAGUUGUGAUAUUACUGGAGAAGGGCGCUGAUGUACACGCACACGGACACUAUAAUAUAAAUUCGUUGGUAUGGGCGGCGGGGCGGCGGCACAGCGGCGUGGUGCAGCGGCUGCUCGCGGCCGGCGCGCGCGCCAACUCCUGCGACAAGUACGCCACGUCGGCGCUCACGUGGGCGGCGCGCGCCGGCGACGCCGUGGCGUGCGCCGCGCUGCUGCGCGCCGGCGCCGACCCCAACACCGCCGGCAUGUACUGCUGGACCCCGCUCCUGCAGGCAACGCACGGGAACCACUUGGAGAUCGUCCAGAUGUUGUUAGAACAUAAGCCGAAUGUGAACGCGUUAGACAAGGACGGCUAUACGGCGCUCGCGAUCGCCUGCAAGGAGGGAUAUUAUGACAUAGCGGUGGCACUCAUUAACUCGGGGUCAUAUAUCAAUGUGCAGGACCACUCAAAAGACACACCUCUCAUUCACGCAGUCAAGGGCGGCCACAAGAAUAUAGUAGAGGCUUUGCUCAAAAAACAUGUAGACGUGGACCUGCCGGGCAAGGAGAAAAAGACCCCAGUGUAUACUGCAGUGGAAAAAGGACACGUUGCUAUCUUGAAACUGUUGCUGGCGUCCAAUCCCGACUUGGAACAUUGUACCAGUAGCGGUGAUACGCCCCUGCUCCGCGCGGUGCGGUCGCGUAACGCGGAGAUGGUGCAGCUCCUGUUGGAACGGAAGGUGCGCGUCAAUGUGGCCGACAACCGCGGCGACACCGCGCUGCACAUCGCCAUGCGGGCGCGCUCUAAGCAAAUAGUCGAAAUACUCCUCCGGAAUCCGAAGAACAGUCAAUUAUUAUACAAACCGAACAAGCUAAACGAGACGCCGUACAACAUCGACAUGUCAUACAACAAGACAAUACUCGGGCAGAUAUUCGGCGCGCGAAAGCUCAAUACUAAUGAAGACAAUGAGAAUAUGCUGGGAUAUGAAUUGUAUAGUGCGGCUUUGGCUGACAUGCUGUCUGAGCCUAGUUUGUCAGUGCCCAUUACUGUGGGGCUGUAUGCGAGGUGGGGCUCUGGGAAAUCGUUUUUGCUCAGUAAAUUAAAAGAGGAGAUGAAAAACUUCGCCCGGCAAUGGAGCGAGUCCGGCUGGGCGUGGUCCUGGGCGGUCUCGUGGGGCGCCUGGCACGUGGCGCUCGGUGUCGGCGCCGGAGCGGCCGUGGCCGGCGCGCCCGCAUACGUCGCCGUCGCGGUGUGCUUCGGACUCUUCGCUGCCAUGUACCUGGCGCUGUACAUGUUCUGGAGUCUAGGGAACAAAUACGAGUGGUGGUGGGCGGGUGGCGUUCUAUCCGCUCUCGGGCGUCGGUUCAGCGCGCUGCUGCUAGUACUGCAGGUGGUAUUCUGUCACCCGCCCGGGCCCAACGACCCGAGGGCUCUGCCCGCUACGCCCAUAAGAUUCCACUUCACAGAGGGCAUGAAGAGCGGCAGCCAAGAGGGCGAGGCGAUGGUGGUGCAAAUGAUCGCGAGCUUGGCCGAAGCUCUCGAGUGUCAGUACGGGCGCAUUUGUACCAGGCUCGCGCGCGCUUUUAGGCCAAAACCUGUAUCUUCUACGUCGGGAUGGAAAUGGCGUCGAGUGUGCUGCAUCCCGCACAUCGUGACGUUCGAGAUAUGCUUCACUUGCAUUCUCGUGGGGCUGUGCGUUCUCGUCAUGUACUUCACUGACGCCAACUACGAUGCACAGCGGCGUGAAAUUCAACAGGGUCUGAUGUUCGGCGCGUGCGCGCUGGCCGGCGCCGUGCUGCUCGCCAACCUGUACACGUGGGGCCGCGUGCUGCUGGCGCUGCUGCUGCCGCCGCGCGCCCGCCUCGCGCGCGCGCUGCGCCGCGACGCGCCCACGCUGGCGCUGCGGCCCGAGGUGCAGACUCUCACGCACACGGUAUCAUGCCUCGACGCAUUCACGGGCCAGCAGACACGCCUAGUGGUCGUCGUAGACGCCCUGGACAGUUGCGAACAAGAGAAAGUUCUAGCUCUCCUCAACGCCGUGUACGCCCUCUGCUCUGACCCGAAGAGCCCCUUCAUACUGCUGCUGGCAAUCGAUCCGCAUAUCAUUAGCAAGGCAGUGGAGGUGAAUAGCCGGCGCGCAUUCUCCGAGAGCAACAUCGGCGGGUGGGACUACCUCCGCAACAUGGUGCAGUUGCCGUUCUACCUGCAAAACUCUGCGCUGCGCCGCGUCAAAACCGCGCAACAAACUGCCGCCAAACGCAUACAAACCAUCGCGACCGACGACUUCUCCGCGAGCAUGCAGCGAUCUGUAUCAGCGCGCCGUCUGUCCUCAACAUCAGAACUAAUGUCCAGCCAAGAGCGCAUCAAGAACCAGCCGACCAAAGAGCUGAGCGCGGCCGCCGCGGCCCGCGCGCGGCGUCUCCGCCCCUCCGAGUCCGUGGCAUCCUCGGUGGCUUCAGGGCUGCACCGAGCGGCCCCUGCCGCCACCGCUGCGGACUUAGGAAGGGUGUUGCUUACGGAUGACUACUUCAGCGAUGUGAAUCCGAGGAGUAUGCGGCGGCUUAUGAACGUGCUGUAUGUCACUGGUCGUCUAAUGAAAGCAUUCCAAAUCGAGUUCAACUGGUACCAGCUAGCUUCCUGGAUAAACCUCACGGAGCAGUGGCCGUUCCGCACGUCAUGGAUCAUCUACCACCACGAGACGUACGAGGAGCACAUCGACGACAGCAAGUCGCUCAAGCACAUUUACGACAAAGUGAAACCACACCUAAAUGGUCUACGCGAAUCCAGCUCGCUAAUGGAACUGGACCGCGAUGAGCGCAAGCUGGAGGUGUUCCUCAGCUUCCACCGCUCCACGCUCACCGCCGCGGACCUCAAGAUCUUCCUGCCGUUCACCAUCAACCUGGACCCUUACAUCAAGAAGGUCAUCAAAGAGGAGCAGCUACAGUCAGGCUUGGAGGAUGAAUUGAACGGUGCUAUAUGGACGCCGCACACACGACAGCCGCACAACAAGCUCUUCAACAGAAAACAUCGCAUAUCCCCGCCAAGCCAGGCCGCAGCGCCGCACACGCCCAUGUGCGUGGGCUGGGUGAGCACGGGCAACGGCUUCAUGCCGCAGCCCAUGCCGCACUACCCGCCGCCCGCCGUCGGCGCGGGCGCGCCCAACCCCUACACUGUGCUGAGGAACGCUUUCCCUGCGCUGGUGGACAUAUCAAACAUCCGUCUAUCAACGUUGUCUGUGGACCGCGUGUGCAGCAUCGUGAGCGCGGCGCUGGGCGCGGGCGCGGCGCCGUGCUGCGCGGCGCUGCAGCAGCACCGCGUCUGCGGGCUCGCGCUGCGGCACUGCCAGCUCGACGACCUCAAGCCGCUCAUGGACCUGCCGUUCGGAGACUGGGAAUUAUUCAAAAUGCUCAUCACCAACCUACGAGAGUUGGAAGCCAACAUGCCCUGCAGUGCGCCUGCUGUCACAGUUAUAGCAGAAAAGAAUACUGAGAGUGAACCAGACACGGUGAAACCCAGGCCCAUCGAACAUCAGCGUAGCCGUCCGUCCAAUGUGGAAAAACAGGUGACGCUGGAAGAGCAGAUGAUCUGCGGCGCGCUGCAAACGCUAAACGAGGAAGCCCUGGAGGACGUGCUUCAGUCCGAGCCCCCCUCCCACCCAGCGGCUCCGCGCCCGCCUCGCCCGGCGCCCCCGCGCGCCGCCUCGCUCCGGGGCCGCGACCGCCGCCCGCCGCCCGCCGUCACCUUCAACGUCGAGAACGAGGACGACUCCGACGACGGCCGCCCCAUCACCUUCAGCGCGCGCGGCGGCGACCGCCCCGUCUCGCUGCUCCUCGCCCGCCACGACGACGGGAGGGUGAGCUCGGCGGAGAGGCUGACGCGGCUGAAGGACAAGAUAAUGUCGCGCGAGCGGAGCCCGGCGCGCGAGCGGGCCGGCAGCGACGACGAGUCGGCGCCGCUCGUCGCCCCGGGCGGCCGCGCCUCGUGCGGCGACCGCGCGGCCAGCACGGACCUGUCGCCGCGCUCCGACGUGACGGAGCUGGAGUCGCCGCGCGCGGGCGCCACGCCGUUCGACCUGCUGCCCGAGGGCAAGGGCGACGCGGAGCCGGGCGCGGCGCCGGCUCGGCUGGCGCGCGCGGACAGCGGCUCGGAGUACAACAUGGUGGAGCCCUACAACAUGCGGCUGCUGGCGCGCGGCGCGUCGGACGCGCGCGCGCUGUGGCGGCAGGACGCGCUGGACGCGGGCCCGCCCUGGCCGUGGGACGAGCCCGACUCGGCCGUGUGAGCCCCGGG